AAGUGGGAACUUGAUCUCUCUCCGCCCCUGGCUCCCCGCUCCUCAGUACAAAUCCGCAAGUAAAAGUCGUCCUAUUAAAGUCAAGCAUAUUCCAAAUCAAUCUGCAAAUGCCGCGUUGUACAUUCCGUUCCCAUAUCCAUAUCGCCGCGUUCUCUCACUGUAGUCUCGACUCUCUUUCACCCUUUCUCUCCCUCUGCUCUAACAGCUCUCUCGCUCUCCAUCCCAUAUUCCCAUCUGCAGCUAUUCUUAUCUAACCAUGCUUAUUGUUUCAGUGCUAUUUAUCGUUACUCUCUCCCUCUUUUCUUUUUCCAUUUUCACUGUCUCUAGAAAAUCCACUCACCCCAUACCAUCAAUCCUUCGUAAGAAACAAACCCAACAAUGUUCUUCUUUACACAAGAAUGACGAGGACAGAAAUAGAUGCUCCGACGAUAAAGCCCAGGUGGGAGGAAAGCGGGCAAUUGGAUCCGUCUCGACCGGGCUGACCCCUUCGAUUCUCCGUGGGCUAUUGCCUCCUGAUUCACCCAAAUGGGAUGAGCCGUUUAAAGAUGAGGGCCCGGAUAAUAAAAAUGGGUCUGUGCUCGACGGAGGCCGGGUUGGGGAUGAAGAUGAGGAAGAGGAGGAGGAGGAGGAGGAGGAGACAAAGAAGAAGAGGAAGAAACGGGCCAAGAAGAAGAGACCCGACCCUAGUAGUGCGUGUGGAGGAGCUGGGGAACACGACAGGAAGAAGGAUAACAAGAAAGAAGAGCUGGUUUGUUUGUAUCCAUUUACGACCUCGUCUAGCGCAGUUCAGAGGAAGCUCAAGCAAAACUAUGACCAGCUUGCCAAGUCCCAUGAAUCCAACGCCUUGACUCUUGCUCAGGUUGGGCAGUUUGUUAAUUGCUUGGUUGAGGCAAAGAAAGAGCUAAAACAUAGAUCAGAGGUCAUCCAACGUAAAUUUACGAUUACAAAGGCUUUACUGCUGAAGGCUGACAGGUCUUCAUUUGACCGCUUGCAUCAACAGAUUUACAAGCUAGAGUUAGAGCAAAGACGAUUGGAAGAGGAUGCUGUUGUAUAUAAUUGGCUCCAACAACAAUUGAAGGUCUCCUCAGCUUACAAGAAGCUACUUGAAAUUGGUGCCCGCAUGGAAGCGGAAGACAAACAUCGCGAGCAAGUGGAGAGAACAGAUGAUGAGUUUGCGGAUAUUUCAUUUGAAGAGUUAUUAGCGCAAGAAAAGAAAGAUGCUUUUUGGCAGAGGAAUGGCAAAAGUCGAUCCUGCUCAAUUUCAGGACAACGUUUUUGCUAACUACUUUAUCGUUUCACUUUUAACUAUGUGUAAUCCACUGCUGCAGGUGCCUUGCCUUUUAUGGGCUGUGAAAGAUCCAUCUGCCAAUCGAAGGGCCAUAAACAAGAACCUGUUCUAUAGCUCUUACACUUUUGUAUCAUUGACUUUGGAGUAGGAUGCCGGUGAGCCAAGCCGUUUGCGAGCAGUUAAACAUUCGACUCGAACUUGGUCGAGUUCGAGUUAGAACUACUCAUUUUAGGUCUCAAGUCAAGUUUGAGCUUCCUAAUGUGCUGCUUGAGUGUUUGACAAGCCUAAUUGAAUAGUUCUAUUAUUUAUGUAAUAUAUUUAUUUUAA